ACGAACACGCUCUCUCUCUUCACGCAUUCGAAUUCAUUCAAUCUCUUGGAGCAGAUCAACUGUAAGUAACGUAUACUUUCUGUUUUUCUUUUCUUUUCUUUUUUCUAAUAAUUUUAGCUUUAAAUUCUGAUAAUUUAUAUAAUCCAAGAAUUUCGUCGGAUCGAGCUCUGUUUUUCUGAAUUUUUUUCGAGAUUAACAGAGCCGUAAUUACCAAAAUACAACACAAAUUUCAGUUUUUGGUACUUAAUUUUUGGAUUUUAAGAAAAAAGGGGAAAAAAUUAGUGGAUUUUGUGAUCAGUGUAAAUAUAGAUAGAAUGAGUAGCAGCAAUUGUAUUGGAAUCUGUACCGUGAGCGUGAGGCCAUGUUGUAGAAUUAUCACAGGCUAUGGCUACAGAGGUUCUUCAAUUUUCGGUUCUGGGCAGCCGAAAUUGAAUAGAAAAGUUACUGGUAAUUUGUCCAAAUUGCGAUCCAGAAGUCACGAUCGUGGCUGUAGUUCCCAGACUGUAAGGUACAUACGUGUAAUUGAUCCGAAUCGGAGAGAUUUUAGUGGUUUCGAUUCGAAUUGGGGGCGGUCUAGGGUUUAUACGGAGAAUAGCCGUGUUGGUUGUAGGAGGGGUAGUAGUAGGAGAAGGGGUGUUUUAGUGAUACCGAAUGUAGCGUCGGAUAUUAGGAACCAUUCAACCUCGGUGGAGUCUCAGGUUAAAGGGAAGACCUCGUUCGAGAGUAUAUACAUUCAAGGUGGCUUGAAUGUGAAACCUUUAGUGGUUGAGCGGAUUGAGACGGAUUGUGGUGAUGUAGUUAAGGAAGAGGAGUCUAGGGUAGAGGUAAAUAGCUCAAAUGUGAAUGUAAAUGUAAAUGUAGGUAAUUCCAAGGGUUUGAAUGACAAUAAGGUUGAGAGAGAGCUGUCUGAUAUUGAAGAGGAGGCCUGGAGGUUACUUCGAGAUUCCGUUGUUAGUUACUGUGGGAAUCCGGUGGGAACUCUUGCUGCUACUGAUCCGGCUGACAAGACACCCCUCAAUUACGAUCAGGUCUUUAUUCGUGAUUUUGUCCCAUCGGCACUUGCUUUCUUGCUCAAUGGGGAUGCGGAGAUUGUCAAGAAUUUUCUGCUUCACACUUUGCAGUUACAGAGCUGGGAGAAGACAGUGGACUGCCACAGCCCUGGGCAAGGGUUGAUGCCGGCAAGCUUCAAAGUGAGGACUGUUCCUCUUGAUGCAAGCCCUGGAGAAUUUGAGGAAGUUUUAGAUCCUGAUUUUGGUGAAUCAGCCAUCGGCCGUGUAGCACCUGUUGAUUCAGGGUUGUGGUGGAUUAUCUUGUUGAGAGCUUAUGGAAAGAUCACGGGUGAUUAUGCAUUACAAGAAAGGGUGGAGUUCCAGACAGGCAUCAGGCUGAUUCUUAAUCUGUGUUUAAAAAAUAGAUUUGACAUGUUUCCAACCCUGUUGGUCACUGAUGGGUCCUGUAUGAUUGAUAGACGGAUGGGUAUUCAUGGACACCCUCUCGAAAUCCAAGCACUGUUUUAUUCAGCUUUAAGAUGCUCACGUGAAAUGCUCAUUGUCAAUGACGGAACAAAAGAUUUGGUGACUGCAGUGAAUAACCGACUUAGUGCACUCUCAUUUCACAUCAGAGAGUAUUAUUGGGCGGAUAUGAAGAAGAUCAAUGAGAUUUAUCGUUACAAGACAGAGGAAUAUUCCACAGAUGCCAUCAACAAGUUCAAUAUCUAUCCAGAUCAAAUUCCCUCUUGGUUAGUAGAUUGGAUUCCUGAGGAAGGUGGUUACCUCAUUGGCAAUCUGCAACCUGCUCAUAUGGAUUUUAGGUUCUUCACUCUUGGAAAUCUUUGGUCCAUUGUAUCAUCUCUGGGUACCCAAAAACAGAAUGAGGGUAUUUUGAAUUUGAUUGAGUCCAAAUGGGAUGAUUUCGUGGCUCAAAUGCCCCUUAAAAUUUGCUACCCCGCUCUGGAGUAUGAAGAAUGGCGAAUAACUACUGGUGGUGACCCAAAAAACACGCCUUGGUCAUAUCAUAAUGGUGGAUCUUGGCCAACCCUCCUAUGGCAGUUCACAUUGGCUUGCAUCAAGAUGGGGAGGACAGAAUUAGCGGAAAAGGCAGUUGCUUUGGCAGAAAAGAGGCUUUCUAUGGAUCACUGGCCCGAAUACUAUGACACAAAAAGUGGGAGAUUUGUAGGCAAGCAAUCCCGGCUUCACCAGACGUGGACAAUUGCUGGUUACCUAACCUCGAAGAUGCUUUUGGAGAACCCCGAGAAAGCGUCAUUGUUGUUUUGGGAGGAAGAUUAUGAACUUCUCGAGACUUGCGUUUGUGUUCUCAACAAAACUAGUCGGAAGAAGUGUUCACGCUUUGCAGCAAAAUCUCAGGUUGCGGUCUAGUGACAAGGAUAUAUUUAUGCUCGGUGCUUGUGGGCAACGCGGUGAACGUGGGUAACUAACAAAACCGUGGGUGAUGGUUCGGAGGUGACUUGGUCCAAAAUAAGGAUAGGCAUUGGAGUUUCUCUAACAGCCAGCAGGUGUAAAACUGCAUAUUCUUCUGUAAUUUCUAUCCGCACACCUAUUUUUACUUCAUACACCCCUUGUAAGUUUCUAUCCAGUGAUUCUCUUCAAUUCAUUCGAUCUAACAAUCGGAAAUUGAGAGGGGUGUGUGGAAAAUAAAAAGAGGUGUGUGGAUAGCAUAUACCCCAUUGAAGUACAGAUUGAUUUUAGGAGAGCCUUUUAGCUCAUGUCUCCUAUGUUUCUAUGGCUUAACAAUUUACAUGUAUCAUUGUACGAUGUGGAAAAUGUAAUAAAUUUGAACGGAGUUUAGCCAUUUACAUGAUUUA